GCCAUAUAUGGUAUUGGCAUUGGAAAACCUAUCUGGGUUUUACCGCGUGACGAGCGACGGCGGAUUGCCUUGGUAAAUCCAUGCAACCUUGGAACCCUUGAAGUCACAUAUGCAGAUUGGGUUCUGCAAAAGUGUUGGCCGCCUGCCCAGGUUUUUAUCAAAGUGUCAAUUGUGCUAUUUCUCCGAAGGCUCCUGGAUUGCCUGGAGUAUUUCAGGCAGCUUGCAAUAGCCAUGAUUGUACUUGUGAUUAUAUGGGGAACGACGGCAAUCAUCGGAAAUACCUUUCAAUGCUGGCCAGUUCAAUAUUAUUGGAUCAAACAUAUGUCUGGCCACUGUAUGAAGGGCCAGGAUACAUUUUUCUUCGUUAUUGGAACCUUGUCGGUGUUAGGCAAUGUCCUUGUUCUCUGUCUUCCGUUACCGAUCAAGAUCGAAAUCACAUUAUUAUUUUCGAUCCGAUGCUUAGUCUGCGUCUUCAGCAUCUUUCGUCUAGUCGCCCUCAGACAUUUCCAGACCGAAGACUUGACAGGCUGGUUCACAUAUUAUCCGACAAAGUCAAUUGUUCACUCACAUGAUCCAUCAAUAGCUGACAGCGCCAUGACCCUGAUCUGGACAAUCUUGGAACUUGACAAUGCGAUCAUUUGUGGCUCAUUACUACUUAUGAAACCUUUGUUUCAAUUAUGGAUGGGGAACGCACGGAGCAAAAUCAGUCGAGUUAGCAGGGCUCAGUCUAAGUCUACCGAGGUUACUAUGGUUGAAGAGUCCCAUCAUGGCUCAGGACCGAGUCAAACAGGUGUUCGGAGUCCAUCCCUGUUCGUAGAAGACCAAGUGCAGGGCGCAGAUCAGCUGGACGUUUGA